AUGGAGUUCGGUUUUCCUAAAGACGCGUCGUCGUCACAGGACGUAGAGAUGAAGAGCUUCCAGACGACGACGAGGACAUUGGACGAUGCUUUGGCAAGUAACCUUUUUCUGCUGAAUUUGUUUAGUUCCAUUCGCUAUUCCCAAUUAAGCUUCUCGUCAAAAACAAUUGUUUGGGGUCCAGGACUUAAUCCAGAAAAUAUUACAUUAAAAGCAAGAUAUUUUUUUAUACAGCUCGUAACUAAAGGCGGGGAAAAUUUAACAGAGUCAGUAGGACCAAAUGUAAUCUCAUCAAAAAUAAUAGGAAAAACAGAGGAUAAUGCCCCUUGUCAUAUUUGGUAUCAACUUUUAGAUUGCAAAGAUGGCAGUUACAUUGUUCGAUACAGGAUCUAUAACGUUUGUUUUAAUCUUCAAAUUAUAGUUAAAAUACAAAAUAAAAUAUUAUAUUUAAAGCAAUCCAAAUUUAAAGGCCCGGUGUACGAAGAGGAAUGUUAUUGUCCAAAUCCAUCUAUUCACUCAUGGCUAGAGAGUAAUGAUUGUGUUCAGAAUUACACACAAAUUCUAAGCGAUCUUGAAUUAUUUCCCAAUGUAGACUUCGAUAGUUUAAGAAACAAAAUAAUCGCAAGAUAUAAUCAACCAAAUCGCAUUAGCAUUUGCCAUUAUGUAAUUAAAUCAAAUAAAAUUUAUAGGCAAUGUUACGGACAACAUGUUGGUUUUAAAAUAUUUAGCGAUGAAAUUUUAUUAUCUAUAACAAGAAAAACAACUCUACCAGAUGUCGAAUUUUUUAUGAAUUUAGGAGAUUGGCCUUUAGUGCCUAAAGAUAAAUUGAUUUAUCCCAUUUUUUCAUGGUGUGGUUCCGAAGAUACUAGAGAUGUUGUUCUACCCACAUACGAUAUAACUGAAUCUUCCAUAAAAGCAAUGGAUAGUGUAAUGUUAGAUAUGUUAUCGGUCCAAGGUAAUACAAAGUUAAGCUGGAAUGAAAAAAUAAAUAAAGUUUUUUGGAGAGGAAGAGAUUCUCGAAGAGAACGCCUAGAUUUAAUUGACAUAGGAAGAUCAAACCCUCAUCUUUUCAAUGCAUCGAUUACAAAUUUUUUUUUCUUUACCGAUGAAAUAAAAAAAUAUGGCCCUGAACAAAAACAUGUAUCAUUUUUUGAUUUUUUUAAGUAUAAAUAUCAAUUGAAUAUUGAUGGAACAGUGGCUGCUUAUAGAUUUCCAUAUUUACUCGCUGGAAAUUCUUUAGUUUUUAAACAAAAAUCAAAAUAUUAUGAAUUUUUUUACAAAAGUCUUACAGAGGGUAUACAUUUUGUUUCUAUAAAAAAUGAUUUGUCAGAUUUAGUAGAAAAGAUAAAUUGGGCUAUUAAAAAUGAUGACAAAGCUUAUAACAUUAGUAGAGAAGCUAGAGAGUAUACAAGAAAUAAUUUAAUGCCGCAACAUAUAUUUUGUUAUUAUAUCACCCUGAUUAAAGAAUGGAGUAAGCGCUUAACCAACUCUAUUCAAGUGUUUCCUGAAAUGGAAUACAUACCCCAACCAAAAAAUAAUUGCAAGUGUAUAGGUAAAAAGAUAAAAAGGGAUGAACUUUGAGUACUAUUGAAAAGAAAGAUUUUAAU